CAGCAGCAGCAGCAAAAGCCAUCCAUAAAAAGGGCGUCUCUCAGACCUGUGGUUUUCCAUACAUCGCAGGGCCUUCGACUUUCUCCAUCGCGCUUUCUCCUCCUCAGAGAUUCAUCUGCUUCUCACGAUCCACCACUGUUAACCAUGAGUGACGAGGGAGAAAAGACGUGUCCUCUCUGCACUGAAGAGAUGGAUUUGACAGAUCAGCAAUUGAAGCCAUGCAAAUGUGGUUAUGAGAUAUGUGUUUGGUGUUGGCAUCACAUAAUGGACAUGGCCGAGAAGGAUGAUACAGAAGGGAGAUGUCCAGCAUGCCGCACACCUUAUGACAAGGAAAAAAUUGUUGGGAUGGCAGCCAACUGUGAAAGAUUGGUAGCUGAAAUCAAUUCAGAAAGAAAACAGAAGUCACUGAAGGCAAAACCAAAAACAUCUGAGGGUAGAAAGCAUCUUAGCAGUGUUCGAGUAAUUCAGCGGAAUCUGGUGUAUAUAAUUGGGAUACCUUCUAAUUUAGCAGAUGAAGAUGUUCUUCAGCACAAGGAAUACUUUGGACAAUAUGGAAAGGUUCUAAAGGUGUCUAUUUCUCGAACAUCUGGGGGUGCUAUUCAGCAUUCUGCAAACAACACUUGUAGUGUAUAUAUUACUUACUCAAAAGAGGAAGAAGCAAUUCGAUGUAUUCAAUCAGUACAUGGUUUUGUCUUGGAAGGAAGAUCCUUGAGGGCAUGCUUUGGAACAACAAAAUAUUGCCAUGCAUGGCUAAGAAAUGUGCCCUGCAGCAAUCCAGACUGUUUAUAUUUACAUGACAUUGGUACUCAAGAAGACAGCUUCACUAAAGAUGAGAUUAUUUCAGCCUAUACAAGGAGUAGAGUUCAACAAAUUACUGGUGCUACAUAUAAUUUGCAAAGGCGUUCAGGAAAUGUGUUACCUCCCCCAGCAGAUGAGUACUGCAAUAGCAGCUCAGGCAAACCUAUUGUCAAGAGUGCCUCCAAUAAUCCUGUAAGCCAGGUCAAAGGUUCUCCUCCUAAUAGUAGCUCUGGAAGAUCUGUUGCCCUUCCAGCAGCAGCUUCAUGGGGCAUGCGUGCUUCAAAUUGCCGGCCAAUAGCUUCAAAUUUAGUGUCUUCCAAUGGACCGACCAAACAAAAAACUGACACAUGUAAUGAUUCAGUGGUUCUCCCUUCAUCAGUUACAAGUACAAGCCUGACCUCUACGUUGCCUACAGAUGUAGGAAAAGUUUCUACAGUAACUGAAGAUUUCACACAUCACAGUGGAAGAUCAGGGUCAUUGGACUUGUCUAAACCGUAUAUUGUCAGAGAAUGCCACAAAACUGCUGUGGAUGCUCCUGCACACCCAGAGCUUGUCCAAGGUGCAGCGCUAACUCUUGUGACUUACAAUCACCUGUCUUCUCUUCCUGAAUCUAAGGCUAAAGACGGAAACAUCAUGACACUACCAAACUCAGUAUACUCAGAUCUUCACAGACAAUCUUGUGGUUCUGUUCCCAAUAAAGAAGAGACUGAUACUGCAAAUGGGAGCAUUCAAGAUUUGUGCUCUGAAUUAUCAGCAGUUAGUGUUGAUAGACAUUCUCGGGUUGAUCAUUCUGAACCAAUUCGAUCCAGUGGUUUAGAUGACAAUCAUCUUGUGGUUAUAUCGCCUAGAAGUCAAAGAUUACAUUCACAGAAUUCUGAUAAACUAGGAGAACAAUUAACCUCACUGCCAUCAAUGAAAGUGGCCACACCAUCUGAUCGGAUCUGUGAUUCAGGAGAAUCUUGUGAUUGGAGGUCGGAUUCACAAGCACAGACUCUUCAGAAUUCAUGCUUUGAAGCGGAAGAAGAAGAUUUUCUACCUUUUGAUGAUCAAAGAGUAAAAGCUUCAGAAGAAGUUAGUCACCCAUCAUAUUUGCCUCGUGGGCGUAAUUCUCCAUCUAUCUUGAAUGAUUCUAGUAGUCAAUAUUCUUGGCAACAUGGUGAUUCGGGCAGUGCAAGUAAUCUUAAUAACAUAGAUUCUAGAGAACAUAUAACAACUAAUGAAGAAGCUUAUGUUCCCUUUAAAUCUGAUGAAUCAGUAUUAUCUAAUGGACAUAGUGAAAAUGAUAUGAGAAGUUCUACUGAAAUGGAUGGGUUCUUUGACCACUCCAACCUUUUCUCAAGCAUGGAGAAAGGCAAAUCUAUGGCAAGAUUUAAUGAUGAUAUUGCAAAGGCUGAAGAGAAUGCUACUUUAGACAUGGGAGAGAGUAGCAUCAUAUCAAAUAUCUUGUCGAUGGAAUUUGAUGUGUGGGAUGACUCGUUAACAUCUCCUCACAACUUAGCGAAGUUGUUGAAUGAAUCUGAUAAACAACAGGGUUCUUUGAAAAUAUCAGGGUCAUGGAAGGUUCAGAACAGCAAUCAAUCCAGGUUCUCUUUUGCAAGGCAGGAUGAGUUUGCAAAUGAAGGAGCUGGAAUUGAGCCAUCUUUCAGUAGUGUGCCUAACAAAUAUUCGCUGUCUCAAGAUUCUUUGGAAAGCCGGGAUAAUUUCUUGGAGAAGCUUCGGAAUGGGUUUUCAUCCAGUACUUUAGAGGAACCUGAUCCUUACUCUAGCAUUCAUUCAAUUUUCUCUUCUAACAAGCUUUCUGUUUCAAGAGCUCAAGUUUCUGCACCACCUGGAUUUUCAGUUGCAAGUAGAGCACCUCCUCCAGGGUUCUCUUCUCAUGAGAGAAUGGACCAGGAUUUUGAUACUUCUGGGAAUCAUUUGCUUGAGAGUUCAUUGCUGAGAAAUCAGUACCAGGGAUUGCCAACUGGGAAUAUUGGUGGCAUUGGGGAUGUUGAGUUUAUUGAUCCUGCAAUAUUGGCAGUUGGUAAAGGAAGGCUACCAAAUGGGCUCGGUAACUCUGGCUUGGAUAUGAGAUCAACCUUUCCCUCUCAACUUGGUGUUUCUGACGAUGAUGCAAGGCUUCAGUUGUUGAUGCAACAAUCCAUCUCUGCACAUCAGAAUAUGAGAUUUGCUGAUCAUAAUAAUGCUGAUAUGUUUUCUCCUUUUAGUGAUGCUUAUUCUAUUCCAUCUAGGCUUUUGGAACAAUCUCAAGUCAGCAGCAUGUCCCCAUAUGCACAAUUGUCACUCCAACAGUCUAGAAACACACGGAUGUCAAAUGGCCAUUGGGAUGGGUGGAAUGAUGUCCAGACUGGAAAUGAUCUGGGUAUGGCAGAGCUUCUCAGAAAUGAAAGGCUAGGGUUCAACAAAUUCUUUCCUGGUUACAAUGAUCUGAAAUUUCGGAUGCCCAGUUAUAGCGAUCUGUAUAACAGGGCAUUUGGGAUGUGAAUUGUGUUAGAAGUGAAUCCGUUUUUGUCUGCUUGCUGGCAAUUGUAUAGACGGGGCAACAGAUGUGACCAUGUGUGCAACCUCCUCUGUUCUGGGGGAUGAGGCUACUGAGUUUCAUUUAGCAGUUCUCUUAUGCAGGAAUCUUGAAGAAUGAUUGAACUCCUUUUUAUUGGCUUUCAGAAUGUUGCUCCCUUGGGUUAACUCAUUAUCAGCAGGUUUAUGUCUGAGUGUAACAUCUAGGGCUGACAUGUGUGAGAAUGCUGGUUUGUGUCUGAGAGCAGCCACUACAGUGCAAAAGAAAAAAAAGGCCAAAGGUGGUCUGUAUCCUAUCCUACCCUUCCCAAGACGCCAGAUAACUGGGACCUAUAGUAAUGGCCCUGAUAAAACUAUGGAGUUCUGUUCACUUUUAGGCUUAGGCAAGCUCUUGGGCUUUUAGGUAAGAUGAAUGACCUAAUCAGUGACAAUGCUGACUCCCCCUGGAGAAACGUUGUCUGUCCAUAUAAUGCCUGGUGCAGGGGGUGCAGGGGGCAUUUUUUUUCCUGGUUGAGAAUGCAAGGGCAAGUUGAGUUUGAACUUUAUGACACAUGAUUUUGGAAUUGAUGAUUUUUGUUUUCUUGUCUGGCUACUGAAGAUUCUAGAUUUAUACUUAGUUUUGGAAGUGAUCCCGAGAGCAAGUUUGUGUGUUUAUGCCCUGUUAACCAAUUGGUUCAAAAUCCAAGGGCCUUAACGCCAAUUAACAGGCUGUUAGGGGGUGUUCUGUGGAUCUCAGUCUGAUGGUUGACAUCAUGUUUGGAUGUAACCUGCAAAGGAUCCAUGACAAAGGUCGUAUGUGCAGCUGUUUGAUUGGCUGGCUCACCAUCCGGAGGGGAUUGCUUUGGUCACACUUUUAAGAGGAGAAAGUAUUACUGUUGCAGUCUUCUAACAGGUGUCUGAAUACUGUUCCCUUGUUCAUAUACCUACAAAUUCUUUACAUCGAAGAUUUUAGUCUGACUAAAUCAAGCUUAGAUGAUGCGUAUUUUUAACUUAAUUUGUGAAUUGUCUAAAAACAGAUGAAUGAAAACUAAAAACGGGUAUUACAUUGUAACCCAUUUACAGUGAGAAAAGUAUUAUACCUCAUGGUAAAGGUUAUUGUUGUCUUUA